UCCGUCUUUUCGCUUUCCCUUCGUUUUAAUUAAUUAUUAUUUAAAUUAUUAAUUAUAUAAUUAUUAAGCGAAAUCGAGUUUUUAGGUUUUUUUUUGGAGAAAAUUUCGGGGAAGUAAGAAACCCUAGACGGGUGGGGAAUUCUAGGGUUAGGGUUUGUGCGAUUUGAAGAUGUCGGGAGCGGGACAGGACGAGGACAAGAAGCCCGCGGAUCAAUCCGCGCACAUCAAUCUCAAGGUCAAAGGGCAGGAUGGGAAUGAAGUGUUUUUUAGGAUCAAGCGGAGCACUCAGCUGAGGAAGCUUAUGAACGCCUACUGCGACCGCCAGUCUGUGGACUUCAAUUCCAUUGCCUUCCUCUUUGAUGGACGCAGGCUGCGAGGCGAGCAGACCCCAGACGAAUUGGAGAUGGAAGAUGGUGAUGAGAUCGAUGCUAUGCUCCACCAGACUGGUGGAACUUCGGCGAGUGCUUAGGAGUUUACUUAGCUUCCGUCUUUCCUAUGAAAUAGCAAGAAUAUUGUAGAGAGGUAGCAAACUAUAAUGGAUGGUUGGAUCUGGACAAGUUUGUUUGAUGAUUUAGGUUCUUAAUUGUGUAUGGCUUUUAAUACCGUGCCAGAUAUUUCUGAGGUUUAUUGUGCCUCUUGCAAGAUUGUGAAUUGUUUGAUGAAUUUACUUUGGUAAUCAUCCAUCAUCACCUUCGUUAGUUUGAAGAAAGAUUAGUUCUUCACCUACUCCAUGUAGGUACCUUCUCA